GAAAAAUAAUAAAAUGGCGCAAGCGUUAUCAUAAUGAUAAUUAAUACAUCAUUGGUUGGUUCGGUUGGUUGUCUUCAAGUCCCCACUCAGUUCGAGUGUCAUAAAUGUAUACAUGUCGUCAGCAUUUCCACGCAGUUUUCUCAACGGUGAUAUCUCCAUCCACACGAGUUCAUCUUCUUCGAUUUUUUCGAUAAUCGAGAUUAUUUUCCGCAUAUAAUAAACGCGAAUUCCAUUAAUUUUCUUACAAAUAAUAUAAAAUUCUCAUGUCCAGUGUUCCUUUUUCGGCAGUGAGCGGAGUGUAAAUCGCUGUUCCUCGGAAAUAUUCUCAAUAUCAAUUGAUAAGAAGAUUAAAAGAAGCAGAAUGUUCCUGGCGCGCUGCACAUUUGUUUCGCGGUCGCUCGCGAAUUGCGCCGGCAAAAUCGGCGCGUGCCGCGCAUCGAGCUAUUACAAGAUCGACGAGAACGUCUUCGGGCUGAGCGACGAACAGCGAGAGCUUCGUUCGCUCGUUUUCAAUUUUGCACAAAAGGAGCUGGCGCCCAAGGCCGCUGAGAUCGAUAAGAAAAAUAAUUUCGACGAAUUGAGGACGUUUUGGAGGGAAUUGGGUAAACUAGGCCUUUUGGGCCCGACGGUGAAGCCAGAGUAUGGUGGCACAGGGGGCACGUAUCUCGAUCAUAUAGUUAUCAUGGAGGAAAUAAGCAGAGCAUCGGCUGCUAUCGGGCUCAGUUAUGGUGCACAUUCGAAUCUCUGCGUCAAUCAAAUCCACCGAAACGGCACGGAAGAACAGAAGCGCAAGUACUUGCCUAAGCUGUGCAGCGGCGAACACAUGGGCGCGUUGGCGAUGUCGGAAGCGGGUUCCGGGUCCGACGUCGUCUCCAUGAAGCUGCGGGCCGAGAGGAAAGGUGACCACUACGUGUUGAACGGCAACAAGUUCUGGAUCACCAAUGGCCCGGACGCGGACACGUUGGUCGUCUACGCGAGAACGGAUCCGAACGCGGAUAAACCGCAGCACGGUAUCACAGCCUUUAUCGUCGAGCGCGGCACGGAAGGCUUCAGCACGGCGCAAAAGCUGGACAAGCUUGGAAUGCGCGGCUCGAGUACGGGUGAACUGAUUUUCGAGGACUGCAAAGUGCCAGCCGCGAAUGUUUUAGGAGAAGUUAACAAAGGUAUUUAUGUGCUCUUCAGCGGACUGGAUUUGGAACGAUUAGUAUUAUCCAGUGGACCUGUGGGAAUUUUGCAAGCUUGUUGCGACAUCGCCUUUGAGUACGCUCAUUCGAGAAAGCAAUUCGGCCAAUAUCUCGCGCAAUUCCAAUUAAUACAGGGGAAGAUAGCGGAUAUGUACACGGCUUUGAGCGCGAGCAGGAGCUACUUGUACUCUGUCGCGAGAUCCUGCGACGCCGGUCACAUAAAUCGCAAGGAUUGCGCCGCGGUGCUCCUCUUCUCCGCCGAGAACGCAAUGAAAGCAGCGUCGGACGCAAUACAGAUACUUGGUGGCAACGGGUACAUCAAUGAUUACGCGACGGGAAGAUUGCUGCGAGAUGCGAAGAUCUACGAGAUCGGUGCGGGCAGCAAUGAGAUACGACGUAUGGUCAUCAGCCGAGCGAUCACCGAAGAAUAUCUAUAACGAGCUCUUCGUAGUAUAUAUCAUCCAUUAAUGCCCAUAAGACAAUUCUUUCAAAUGGUAAAAUAGACUCUGUUUAUCUAUCUCUCAUUUCUAUUAAAAAUGAAUUGUUUUUUUUAUUAGUAAUUACUUUAUUAUUUUUUUAUAUUAUUUUGAGUCUUUGUUGCACUUGAUAGAAGUAAGCGAGAAAUUUUAUACAUUAAAUAUGUUUUAUACGCGAAAGAAACACUGUUGUCUUUAGUUCCCACGAACUCCCGGAUGUACCAAACUAAUUUCGAUGGUCCCUCCCUCCUUUUUCUCUCUCUCUUUUUGAGUUCGCCCUGCAAUGCGUAAUUAACCGGUGAUUCAUUAUCGUCGACCGCCAAUCCCGGGCAUAUCGCAUAUUGGCGAUAUGCGUUAAUGAUCGUAUAAAUUAAGGUAAAGUGAGUCACUAGAGCGAUUGACUAACCUUUCGCGCUAUAGGUUGCUAAUUUAAGUCCUACACGCGUUCUCUUUCUCCCUCAAAUAUACAAUGAAAUUAGAAUUAAACAUUAUGCAA